CGAAAACUAAAAUAUAAUGUAGGAAAUACCAAAGUGAGCUAGUCGUCAGUCACACAGAACGGAUCGGGGCGUCAAAUUGGUUGACUUUGUCUCUUUCCUUUCGUUUUCAUCACGUGUAAAGUGCCGCAUCGGUCGGGCCGGUGGAUUCGUAUUAGCUUUAUAGUCUUCUCCAAACCGGCAUUUUUCUUUUUCUAAUUUUCUUCAAUAAUUUAGUAGCAUAAAUGGGAAUGAGUCAAAGUUAGUCUUGACGAAAUUUGGACGAAACCUCUCGCCAAGUCUAAGGUGUGGGCCUCCCUACCCCAAUCGUGACGCACCACCUUACGUAUCUUUAUCAUACCCUUUCUCACUUCACUUCACACACAUUCAAAUAUCAAAUAAAAAGAAAAAAAUAACUUGACAAAUUUUUCCUGGUCCAACGUAACACCUUCAUUUUUUCAACUUUCCCAGCUGCCUCCAAUCCUUUUAUAUAGACUCGUGCAUCGCACUUGUUGAAGACUUCUCAGAUUCUUGACGUUUUCCCCUCUCGUUUUAUCUCUUCUUCUUCUUCUUCUUCAUCAUCAUCCAUUAAAAUAUAAUAAAGGAGUGAAUUUCCUGUUAUUUCUCUCAUAUCUCUUUCGAAUUCGCUUCAUAUUUAUGGACAGAGGAUGGGGUCUGACCCUUGAUAAUUCUGAUCAAGUUGGGUUUUUCGGUAACAAGGCGAGUUUCGGAGUGAAUUUGAGUCCUCGUCGGAACAGCGGAUUUAUUAUGUUUCCGAGGGGUAGAGAAGAACAACCGGAGCACCGGGAAGUGGACUUCUUCGCUGUCAAGAAGGAAGACUCACAAGCUCAACCGUCCGCCGCCACAGAUUUCCAUGUUAACACUGGUUUGCAACUUGUGACUGCUAAUACCGGAAGCGAUCAAUCCACGGUGGACGAUGGGGUAUCUUAUGACGGUGAAGAUAAGAGAGCCAAGAAUGAGCUGGCACAACUUCAAAUUGAACUGGAGAGAAUGAAUGGCGAGAAUCAGAGGUUAAGAGGGAUGCUUAGUCAGGUGAGCGGCAACUACGCAUCGCUGCAGAUGCACCUCGUCACGUUGAUGCAACACCAACAAAACUCUACCACCCAAGAACAAGAGAUGGAUGACAAAAAAUGUGAAGACGAGAGAAAGGAGAAUGGAGGAGCAAGGCAGUUCUUGGAGUUGGGGCCGGAACAAUCAAACUCGUUGUCGGAGGAAAGAACGGUGUCUGGAUCACCUCAUCAAAACAAUUUGGAAGUGACGAGGAAUAAGAGGAGCGGUCGGGAGGAGAGCCCGGAGUCUGAGAGCUGGGUCCCCGGCUCUAAGGCUCCCAGAUUGAACAACCCCAACCCCAACAUCAACACCAACACCAACACCAACACCAACACCAAUCAAUCCAUCGAGGCAACCAUGCGGAAAGCUCGUGUUUCCGUCCGAGCUCGAUCAGAAGCUCCCAUGAUCUCCGAUGGAUGUCAAUGGAGAAAAUACGGUCAAAAGAUGGCGAAAGGGAACCCUUGCCCACGAGCUUACUAUCGGUGUACAAUGGCGGUGGGGUGUCCAGUGCGCAAACAGGUGCAAAGGUGCGCCGAAGACCGAACAAUCUUGAUCACAACCUACGAAGGCACUCACAACCACCCGCUGCCGCCCGCAGCUAUGGCGAUGGCGUCCACCACUUCCGCCGCCGCCAGCAUGCUCCUGUCCGGGUCCAUGCCCAGCGCCGACGGCUUGAUGAAUCCCAACUUCCUGGCAAGAACCAUUCUUCCUUGCUCCUCAAACAUGGCCACAAUCUCCGCAUCAGCGCCUUUCCCCACCGUCACGCUCGACCUCACCCAAUCGCCCAAUGCUCUCCAAUACCAAAGACCGCCGCCGCACUUCCAAGUCCCCUUUCCGGUCUCCGCCCAGAACUUUGCUAACCAGCCCGCGCCUCAAGUUUUCGGACAAGCCCUCUAUAAUCAGUCCAAGUUUUCGGGUCUCCAAAUGUCCAAGGAUGUUAAUGAAUUGCCCGGACAGCCGCAGGCUCAGCCUCAGCCUCAGCCAUCCUUCUCCGACACGCUCAGCGCUGCGACGGCGGCGAUCACCGCCGAUCCAAACUUCACCGCGGCCCUGGCGGCGGCCAUCUCCUCCAUCAUCGCAAAUACUCCCAACAACAACCAACCCUAACGUAAAUACCAGUUUUCCGGCGAGGAGUUAGUUAAUCAAAGUGUUCCACUUGUUCAUUUGUUAUUACACAUCAUAAUUCUCGUGUCAGAUAGUUUUCCUUUUUUGUUCAUUUUUUUCCUGUGACUCUUUUUCUUAGAUACACUGUGGAAUUAACAUGUCCAUAAUUUUUUGUCUUUGAUGUAUUAUUAGCCGGGGCCGUGGGCAAUGUUUAGGACACGAAAAAUACAUUCUUUUCCCUAUUGUUUUAUCA